GCUGCAACCCGCAGUGCAGUUUUGGCGUUCAUCUGAACCAGCGGUUGAAGAUCGCGAGAGCACCAUCUCUUUGAGAAGAUCGUACGGGUUGGAAGUGCACAGUUUUUGAGUCAUUUCAGCGCCGCAUACAAAAGAUUUUAUCACAAAAGGGGCGUCCGAAACUUUUUACGUCGAAACAUUUUUAACCCAUCGGUAUCCCAAAAGCGAGAGCUCGAGUGGAACGAGUUUACCGAAAAUGGUUUCGUUUCCGAAAUGGUCGCUUCUGGCGCUGUGCUUGUGGUGUGCCGUUGGUUCGAGCUAUAGCGUGAUCUUUACGACAACGUGCCUUAAAAUGGAGGAAAAUUACAAUUUCGAUGAAACAAAGUAUCUUGGAACGUGGUACGAGGUGCGCCGGCUGUACGAUCCAUCCGAUCCCGAGCAGGAGGAUUGCGUGGUGAUGAACUACAAGGCUGGAGAGAAGGGACAUUAUGAUAUAUUGCAGUCAUACCAAAUCACCGAAGAAGGCUCACCGAUCUAUGUCAGUGGCGUAGCGGAACCGGAAGUGUUUGAAAACUCGAAGGUGCCAAAGUUCCUCGAACGGUACAACACGACCAAAAACAGUGAACCUGAUGGUCAUGUAGAAAUUGUUGCCAUAAAUUACGACAGCUACGCUAUCGUUUAUUCCUGCAUAUCGAUUAAUGCCUCACACUACACAGAAUCGGCAAGAGUGCUCUCUCGACAAACGCAGCUCAACAACCGUGACACCGAUGUUGUCACACUAUUCCUUGAAAGUCACUUUAAGCGAUCUGAGCACAAAUGGCGCGCCACGAAGCAGACGGCGGACUUUUGCAAACCUUCGCUGGUAGAGGUUGCUGAUGAGAAGAGUCGUUCUCAAAGUGCGCGGCUUCCAACGGAGAUUCAUUUGAUUGCAAUGCUUCUGAUCGCCAAAAUGUUAUACUAAGACGGUAUGUUCGGCUGCAGUACGCCAAUCCGUGGCUGGUUUGAAAAUAUAUUAUCUUAGUCGUAAGAAGCAUCUCGUGCGAUCGUGCGGAUCCAUUCGGGGCUACGUAUUUUAUAGCGUUGAGGAAAAUUGUAACAUAAUUAAACUGCAUGUUAAAAUGGAGCAAUAUCCAAUCAUU